CCAAUUCAUCAAAGCAUACUCCAAUCCAGCCAGCCAAAUCUCCCAACCCAAUUUUUUUUUCCAAAAUCCACCAGCUCAAACAAAAUUUCGCCCUAAACCACACUAAUUACAGUAGCAGUAUCUACUCACUCUACUGUGGACGAGCUUCUGCUCACAGCUACUCAGUCUACUACUCUUUCUGGCAUUCGAGAUAGCAGUGAGCUUUUUAGAGAAAGAGGGAGGAGAUUAUUACGAUGCUGUUAACGAGUUCGGCAACUACAUCACAAAACUUCUCCUGCAAACUCCCAUUAUUAGCCCAACAACAGCGCCCUAAAGGAUUAUUGCUCGAGGAUAAUAAAUCAAUAUCCUCAUCUUCUUUCACUAUUCGUCACUGUAACCCUAAACACUUUCGCUCUACUGCUCAUCGUUUGCUCAUCACCCGUGUUUGCAGCUAUGGUGGCACUUCACCGCACUUGAGCACUUCUUCUACGGAGGCUAGGGCCUCAGAGAGAAAGUCUUCUCGUUCAGACAAUGGUUCUUUGGCUUUGCUUAUUCGGAUGCUAGGACAAGAUAAUGAUCCCUUAGACAGAGAAGAGGCAGUAAUUGCACUGUGGAAAUAUUCUCAAGGAGGAAAGGAACAAGUUGAAGAGAUUCUGCAGUUUCGUGAUUGCAUAAAUCUUGCAAUGGACCUUCUAAGAUCAGAUUCUAGUUCUACAUGUGAAGCGGCUGCAGGGCUUUUACGAAGUAUAUCUGCGGUUGACCAAUACCGUGAUUUAGUAGCAGAGAGUGGAGCAAUUGAUGAGAUAUCUAGCCUUCUGAGUCGACCAUCUUUGACUGCGGAGGUUAAGGAGCAAAUGAUAUGUGCCCUCUGGAACUUUUCUAUGGACGAGAAGCACAGAAUAAACAUUUCAAACACUGAUCUCUUGCCUAUGCUUAUCAAUUCGGUAGAUGACGAGGGUCUAAAGGUACAGGAGGCAGCAGGAUGUGCAUUAGCAAAUUUGGCUUUGAGCCCCUCAAAUCACCAAGUCAUGGUUGAAGCAGGUGUGAUUCCAAAGCUGACGAAGUUUUUAAGAGGAGAUACAGAGACAUCUAAAGUAAUCCGAAAAGAAGCUAAACAGGCAUUAUUGGAACUCGCUAAAGAUGAUGAUUAUCGAAUUCUUAUCAUCGAGGAGGGUCUAGUGUUGGUUCCCAUAGUCGGUGCUGAUGCCUAUAAGUCCUUCAAGGUGGCUUCACACUCCUGGCCUUCUUUACCUGAUGGUACAGAAUUUGAGCGGGGUACAUCAACUCCAUCAAGAUAUGGUGCAUCUGAGCUUCUACUUGGAUUAAACAUUCAUGACAAGAAAUUUGACUUAGAGGAAGCUAAGGUAAAUGCAAUUGUUGGGCGGACACAGGAACAAUUUCUUGCACGUAUUGGAGCUAUAGAAAUCGAAGAUGGUAACAUACUUGGGUCGGAAUUCUCUGCAAGUGAGCAGAAUAAUACUCUCUUGCCAUGGGUAAAUGGAGUUGCUCGCUUGAUUUUAAUUCUUGGACUGGAGGACGCAUCUGCAAUUUCAAGAGCGGCAUGGUCAAUCGGUGAUGCAUCUAUCAAUGAACAUAUGAGGAUGUCAUUCAUGAUUGCUGGAGCAGUAAAGAUUCUAGUUCGGCUACUUGACCAUAACAAUGAAAAGGUUAGAUUGGCUGUCACUCAUGCUCUUUGGAGACUAUCCCUAAGCGUUAAUGUUUCUCGCAUAAUUGGACAAGAAGAUGCUGUCGAUCAGCUGGUUAAUGCUUUGAAGGACAGACAGCUGCCGGAAGAUGUGAUGAGAAAGACUAUGGAUAUUCUUGCUCGAGUUUUAGAUCCUGGUAAAGAGAUGGAAGUGAUGUUUAGUUCAACAUCUUCUCCAACCCCAAUGGAGUUCCUAAGCAAAUUUGGGUUUCAGUAGCGACUAAAGGACCUCCCCUGUCUUAAGGUUGAAAAGGCAAGAUUGUUUAAUUUCUUGGUGUUAACGCUAGCUCUGAAUCAGAGGUCUGAAAUCACCCUUGCACCUUUAAUUGCUCAACAUACUGUGAUGUCAUGAGGUGAACAGCUUAUUGUAACUGUAUGGAUAUUAAAUUUUAGAUUGGUAGGAUUGAGACAGCGAAUUAGGUAGACUUCUCGAUUCUCAAGUCACUGUACAGCUGUUUUGUGUAUGUUCUGCCGUAGGACGAGCUUACAAUAUCUGAAGUAACUUUUUGGUCGUUUAAUGAUAGAUGGGCAUUUAUUUAUACUGAAGCUAAGUCUGUAGCAGGCAAGGUACUUUGUUAAA